CUUUGAAAUUUAUUUUUAAAUCUGUGCUCUAGGCUGUGCUCCAGGCAUUGUAGUCUUAACUAAUUUUCAUUCACUUGCAAUUCCCCAGCUUUAUCUCAUGAUGUGUUCUCACUUCCCCAUGCUCUACCUUUUACAUAAUCAUUCUUUUGACCCACUCUCUGAGGCCCAACCCUUUGUUUUUCUGUAGCUGUUUGCUUUUCUCUGGGCCAGGCAGCUGCUGAAGCCUGACACCCACAGGGUUAAACCUAGUUGCUGAAGCCACCCCCUCUUCCCCUCCCAAGUCCCCCUUUUCACUGUAGGCUGGCAGCUGUCCCAACUGCCUACCGAAGCCAAAUGCUUGAAGAGAGAGAGAGUAAGGAGCUAGCCAUGAAUCCCUUCCAGAAAAAUGAGUCCAAGGAAACUCUUUUUUCACCUGUCUCCACUGAAGAGGUACAACCUCGACCCCCCAGCUUUCCAAAGAAGCCAUCUCCGAAAAUCUGCGGCUCCAACUAUCCACUGAGUAUUGCCUUCAUUGUGGUGAAUGAAUUCUGUGAGCGAUUUUCCUAUUAUGGCAUGAAAGCUGUGCUGACCCUGUAUUUCCUGUAUUUCCUGCAUUGGAGUGAAAACACUUCCACAUCUGUAUACCAUGCCUUCAGCAGCCUCUGUUAUUUCACUCCCAUCCUGGGAGCAGCCAUUGCUGACUCAUGGCUGGGGAAAUUCAAGACAAUCAUCUAUCUCUCCUUGGUGUAUGUGCUUGGCCAUGUGAUCAAAUCCAUGGGUGCCUUACCAAUACUGGGGGGACCAGUGGUACACACAGUCCUAUCAAUGAUUGGCUUGAGUCUAAUAGCUUUGGGGACAGGAGGUAUCAAACCCUGUGUGGCAGCUUUUGGUGGAGACCAGUUUGAAGAGAAACAUGCAGAGGAACGGACUAGAUACUUCUCAGUCUUCUACCUCUCCAUCAAUGCAGGGAGCUUGAUUUCUACAUUUGUCACCCCCAUGCUGAGAGGAGAUAUACAAUGUUUUGGGAAAGACUGCUAUGCGUUGGCUUUUGGAGUUCCAGGAUUGCUUAUGGUGAUAGCUCUUGUUGUGUUUGCCGUGGGAAGCAAAAUAUACAAAAAACCACCUCCUGAAGGAAACAUAGUGACUCAAGUUGUUAAAUGUAUCUGGUUUGCUAUUUCCAACCGUUUCAAGAAUCGUUCUGGGGACGUUCCAAAGCGAGAGCAUUGGCUGGACUGGGCAGCUGAGAAAUACCCAAAGCAGCUCAUUUUGGAUGUGAAGGCACUGACCAGGGUACUAUUCCUUUAUAUCCCACUGCCUAUGUUCUGGGCUCUUUUGGAUCAGCAGGGCUCACGGUGGACUCUGCAAGCCACCAGGAUGAAUGGGAAUUUGGGUUUCUUUGUGCUUCAGCCUGACCAGAUGCAGGUACUAAAUCCCUUUCUGGUUCUUAUCUUCAUCCCAUUGUUUGACCUUGUCAUUUAUCGUCUGGUUUCCAAGUGUGGAAUUAAUUUCACAUCGCUUAGGAAAAUGGCUGUUGGCAUGAUCCUAGCGUGCCUGGCAUUUGCAGUUGCUGCAGCUGUAGAGAUAAAAAUUAAUGAAAUGGCCCCACUCCAGCCAGAUUCCCAAGAGAUGUUCCUACAAGUCUUGAAUCUGGCAGAUGAUGAGGUGAAGGUGACAGUGCUGGGAGAUAAAAACAAUUCUCUGUCAGCAGAGUCCAUCAGACCCUUUCAGAAAAUGCCACACUAUUCCAAACUCCACCUGAAGACAAAAAGCCAGAAUUUCCACUUCCAACUGAAAUAUCAAAAUUUGUCUGUCUACACUGAGCAUUCCGUGGAGGAGAAAAAAUGGUACAGUCUGAUCAUUCGAGAAGAUGGAAAAAAUAUUUCUAGCAUGAUGGUGAAGGAUGCAGAAAACCAAACAACCAGUGGGAUGACAGCUGUGAGGUUUGUUAACACUUUGCAUGAAGAGGUCAACAUCUCCCUCAGUACAGACACCUUCCUUAGUGUUGAUGAAGACUACGGCGUGUCUGCUUACAGGACUGUGCGAAGAGGAGAAUAUCCUGCGGUGCGCUGUAGAACAAAAGAUGAGAACUUUUCACUCAAUUUGGGUCUACUAGACUUCGGUGCAGCUUAUCUGUUUGUUAUCUCUAAUAGCACCAGUCAGGGUCCUCAGGCCUGGAAGAUGGAAUACAUCCCAGCCAACAAAAUGUCCAUUGCAUGGCAGCUACCACAAUAUGCCCUUGUUACAGCUGGGGAGGUCAUGUUCUCUGUCACAGGACUUGAGUUCUCUUAUUCUCAGGCUCCCUCUAGCAUGAAGUCUGUACUCCAGGCAGCCUGGCUGCUGACAGUUGCAGUUGGGAAUAUCAUCGUGCUUAUUGUGGCCCAGUUCAGUGGCCUGGUACAGUGGGCCGAAUUCAUUUUGUUUUCCUGCCUCCUGCUGGUGGUCUGCUUGAUCUUCUCCAUCAUGGGCUACUACUAUGUUCCUAUAAAGCCAAAGGAUAUUCAGGGCUCAGCAGAUAAGCAGAUUCCUCAUAUCCAAGGGGACAUGAUCAACCUGGAGACCAAGAAGACAAAGCUCUAAUGGCCCCCUGGACUCUGCCUAGACCCCAGUUCCGGGCUCUGGCCUUGGCCAUUACCCAUCUUCAACCUUUUUUCACUCCGAUGUGGUUAGAAGAGAGAAGUAGAAUCAUAUCUGGGCUGAUCUCCUCCACUUUUCUCCCAUGAUAGAGGCAUUUCUAGGCCACUUAGACUCCAUGUCCCCCCGUCUAUCAGUGAACUCAGUAAACCUUGUGUAGUGUUGCUGAAGCUGGCCUGGUAUCUCCAAAUGGCCAAGAAAAACACAAAUGUCUAACUGAGGUUAGUCCCUGGUUAUCAGAAGUAUGUGGGAAUUGAUUUACCUGCCAUUCAGAACUGGUGACACUACUUUUUGAAGUGCUGAUUUAGGGGCAAAAUUGCAAGAUAACAGAGAAAUGGUAUUUCAAUUUUCUUCAUUACCAUUGCAAGUGUUCUGUUUACAAGGACCUCAAGAAUUGAUAUGUCUGGUAUGAUCUGGCCCAGGGGCUGGCUUGUCAGCUUAUCCAGGUUUGAUAAGACCUUAGUAAAUGCUUCAGUACAGAUAGUAGGAGACAAAAUGACAUUUUAUUAACACACAGAAGAUACAUCUUUCUGAUAAUUACAGUAUUUUAUCUACUAACCCAAACACCCCCUUUUCAGUACUGACAGAUCUUUGGAAACUAAAUUAAAGAUAGUAAACAUGGUUCUGGAAAACAACAAGUAUAAAUUGUGCAAGUCCUGAUGAGCCAUUCUACAGUGUAUAGUCUUCUUAGGGACUAUGAUGUUUCAGCCCUAGAUUACGCCCUCCUGUGGACAAUUGUGCAGGAACUAAUUAUAAUUUUCCAACCCUGGCUUUUCAAUGUUGUUGGGCCAGCUUUUUCUUUUUUUUCUUUCCUUCUUUUUUUUUUUAGAAACUCAAAACCAUACAUAUUUAUUCCCUCACCAUCCUGGAGGCCACGAAUCUGAAAUCAUUGUCACUGUGCCCAAAUCAAGGGUGGGCAGGACCAUACUCCCUCCAGACAGCUUUUUCUUAUUAUUAUAUCAUCUUGCUUAUUGCAACAAAUAUUUAAUAACAUUAUUUUCAUGAAUACAACUCUUGUUUUUAGUAGUAUUCCCUUCAGCCUCAAAGUAGUAGAUCUGUUUUGGUAAUUUUUACUUUUCUCAUAAUUUUAAAAUGCCAUUUCUUCAUUUAGGCCUGGAUUUCCCUGUUUAUUAAAAAAAAAGUUAUAUUAAUACUCUAGAUUUGAGCUUCUAAAAUGUCAAUGCUCAAUGAGGGUGAGGGGAAUGGUCCCAUAUCAGGAUUCUGCCAAAAUCUGGGGGUUGAAGGAAGGAGUGGUAGAACACGAGGGGUUUUUGUUUGUGUUGGCGAGAAAAGUUGAGAAGUACUACCUUGCAAACAAUGAAUGAAUCAGUGGACAGAUAUGGGAAUAUCAUGACCCUACAGUGUAUUUCUAGGGAAAAAUGUUCUGUCCUAGACAGUCUCAUUUCCAUUGGUUUUGCUCCAUUAUUCUCAUCUAGAACUGUGUUGAGUCAGUCUCCCAUUGUAAACGUAAUGAGAAAAGUUGCUCCAGUUUCCCAAGCUUUAAUACUUUAGUUUUAGUUACCAAGUUUUCAGAAGUACUGAAGUGGCAGCACCACCAUCCAUUUUCCACAGAUAUCUUGAUGUGAACCUGACCAUACUUCUUUAGAAGAUAUUCUAUUCAUUUUUGAGCAGCUUUAACUCAAUCCAUUCUGUGAACUAUUGUUUCAAGAGAUCUUAACAGUGUUCUGUGAAUAAAAGUUUCUAUGGAUAAAUGAA